AUGGCCAGCGGCACCGCCAUAAUCCCCACCCCACCUCUCAACGCCGCCGCUGCCCCCGUCUCCACCACACUCCCCGCCGUUAUCGCCGUGGUCGUCACCGUCGUUCUAGCCACAGACGUCCGCGUGUUCUUAUUCACACACACGCCAUUCGAGCACGUCUGCGACGCCGGAUCGCAGCACGAGUCCCCACAGCAUAUAUUGCCCGGCCAGCAGCAGCCGCCGUUGCCCCCAUUGGCGCCCGGGCAGCACUCGUUGCCGGCGUCGCAGCAGGUGUCGCCGCAGCAUUUGGUGCCUUCCUGGCAGCAGAGGGACUUGCAGCAGUCCUGA